CUUUCACCAAAUCAAGAAUUCAAAGAUAAACACAAAGGAAAUGUUUAACACUAUCAGAUCAGUUUCUGUCCAUACCAAACAAGCAGUCGGAAAAGUAUCUACGAUCAUUGGGAGUGUAAGAAGAUCUGGCAGUGGCCCUUCCAUUAACAACCAGACAACUCCUAUCAACGCGGAGAAGAUUCAACACUCUCAGGAACCUACUCAGAAAGGAAGGGAUCAUGUGAUGUCGAAUUCAUUCGGAGAUGGAUACUCAACAAGGUCAGACGAAGAGAGUUUUGGAGGUACCUUUAGCGGUAACCAAUCUCUUUCGGGUAGAGAACAGGAAAAAAUUGUUAAUGCAAAUGCUCCAGAAUAUGACAGGAGUCAAGGGAGCGAAACAGGAGAAAAGGAGGGAGGACGAAAUCAGCCAUAAUUCUAAUCAUCAAGUGCUGAAGAUUUUUAUUUACUUUUGGCAUUUUUAUCGUGUUUUAUUUUACUAAUGUAAUGUAAUAAAUCAGGUAACUUAUUUGAGAUAUAUUUAGUCAUUAUAUAUCAUAAGAUUUUUACGAGAUUGAUUACACACACAACAGCAAAAGAGAGGGAUGUGGAACCAAUAGAUGUCAACAUGCCUCCAAUAGUCCAAUGAGGAACGAAGGCAGAACGACUGUGCCAAAUGUGUAAUGUUGGUGAUUUUAGUAUGACCGGUUCAUUUUAGCAUAUGAAAUUUAUAAUAUUAUCAGUACAGUUAAAUUCUUAAUUUUAAACAAGUCAGAAGAUGCAGAGUAUACACUUGUAUAAGUUUGCUCUCGAAUCUCGAUCGACCAUAAUGACACAAAUAAUGAGUAUGUAAACUCAUUGAUGAUGGGUG